UUUUUCACUAAUGUUAAUAAUGAAACCAACUAACAAAAAAAAAAAAGAACAAACCAAUUUCUAUUUGUUUAAGACUUUGACAGUACAUCACUUUUAGAAAUAAAUGCCAUAAUUAUGUUAUGUGCACACUGCAAAAGAAAAUGAAUACGCACAAUUGACUAUAAAGAAAACGCCUUUAGUGGCCAUACGAUUUUUAGCAUUUUAUGCGGAAGAAACAAAGUGCUAUUUCUCCGAGUUACGUAUGUUUCUUUUCUUCUGCAUCUAGUUUUUUUUUUGCAUAUUCAUCACCUUCUCUCAGUUUUCUUCUUUCAAUAGAAUUAUCCAGAAAACUUUUAAGAGAUGGCAGCUCCGAUUCGAUUCUUUGAACUGAACACUGGUGCCAAGUUACCUUGCGUCGGUCUAGGAACCUACGCAAUGGUCGCGACAGCGAUCGAACAGGCGAUUAAGAUUGGUUACAGGCAUAUCGACUGUGCUUCGAUUUACGGAAACGAGAAAGAGGUAAAUUUGCUAUCUACAAUAUAUUUUAAUUUAUCUCUCUUUAACCAUAGAUGUCAUUUGACUGGUCAUCAAAUGUAUUCUCUACAAGAGUGUAUAUUUAUUAUAGUUUUUGAGGGUCAUGGUGGAACAAGAAUCUCACAGUAAGUGUAGCCUCUAUGCUUCUAAUGAAAGAGUUUUUUUUUUGGUAUGAUGCUUCUAAUGAAAAAGAUUGGUGGUGUGUUGAAGAAGCUGAUAGGUGAUGGUUUUGUGAAGCGUGAGGAGUUAUUUAUCACUUCCAAACUCUGGAGCAAUGAUCAUUUACCUGAAGAUGUGCCUAAGGCACUGGAAAAAACGUUACAGGACUUACAGAUUGACUAUGUUGAUUUAUAUCUGAUACAUUGGCCUGCGAGCUUGAAGAAGGAAUCACUAAUGCCAACACCUGAGAUGCUCACAAAACCUGAUAUAACUAGCACAUGGAAAGCAAUGGAAGCUCUCUAUGACUCUGGAAAAGCUCGAGCAAUCGGUGUAAGCAAUUUCUCGUCGAAGAAGCUUACAGAUCUUCUUAACGUGGCACGUGUAACCCCGGCUGUUAACCAAGUUGAAUGUCACCCAGUUUGGCAGCAACAAGGUCUUCAUGAGUUAUGCAAAUCCAAAGGAGUUCACUUAUCUGGUUACUCUCCUUUGGGUUCCCAAAGUAAGGGAGAAGUCAGGCUAAAGGUUCUUCAAAACCCGAUUGUUACCGAGGUUGCUGAGAAACUUGGAAAGACCACCGCCCAAGUGGCUCUCCGUUGGGGACUCCAAACUGGUCAUAGUGUUCUACCAAAGAGCUCGAGCGGGGCUCGGCUCAAGGAGAAUCUUGAUGUUUUUGACUGGUCCAUACCGGAAGAUCUGUUUACCAAGUUCUCUAACAUUCCCCAGGAGAAGUUUUGCCGAGCUACUGAGUUUGCGCAUGAGACACACGGCUUCUAUAAGACCAUUGAGGAAUUGUGGGACGGUGAAAUUUGAGAUAAUGUCCCUCCUUUCUACUUGUUUAACCAUAAACCAUUAAGGACAUUGAAAUAAAUAUGUUAUCUUUUUAUAUUUAAUCUUUCUAUGAGAAAACACUAAACACAUGCUUGGGAUUUCAUGAUGUUUGGCAAAUGUUGUUAUUCUGCAUUCUUCAAACAAUAAAAUGUUUUCAACUA